GUUUAUUGUAACAUACCUACUGAAAGUACCAUGUGAACAACAAAAGAGGUAAACGUUUUUUCUGUUUCUUCUUCUUCUUCGUUUUUAUUUUUGCCUUAAUUCACUACUAAAUUUAUAAUUAAUUGACAUAUUACGAUACAUUUACUCUCUAUCUAUCUCUCUCUCUCUCACACACACACAAACACAUGCACACAAACACACGCACACAUACUCACACAUAUAUUAGAAAAUCAAGAACAUACAUUUUUGGUAUGUGUAGUCUGAAUAUUAUCAAUCAUCAUUUGUAAUUUGUAAAUAGUCCUUUAUAGAUUUGUUCAUAUAAUUUAAGUGUAGUAUUCUCCUUAUAAUGAUUCCAUCGUUAUAUAGUUACAUGUCUAUUGUUACAUAACAAUCAUAACAGCUUAGAAAAAAUAAUAAUAAAGAACAAAACAAGGUUCAUUCAUCUCAUUAACAUUUAAUCAUAAAUCAUGAUGAAAUUUCAGUUGACACAAAAAUUUUGGUUCCUUGUAUUCAUUAUAUUGAAUUGUUUUGUUGCCAUAACAAGUUUUAUAUUAUUUGUAUUAAGUAUAAAAGCCGAGGAUAAUCUACUUAAAUAUAAAUUAAUAUUACAAUAUACAAUACCAGCUAUUUAUCCAACAGGAAUAUUUACAGGAAGUCUUGGUUUAAUAACAGCAUGUUUAGGAUUUAUUGGAUUAUGGAAACAAAUGAAUAUUUUAUAUCUUUUACAUGUAAUUUGUUUGUCCAUAGCAACAAUCAUCAAUCUAUGUAUAGCUAUUGUAACAUUGAUAACUGAUCAUCAAUUUUUUAUAAAUGCUAAACAAGCAUUAGAUACUACUAUUAAAUAUUAUUAUAAGAAUGAUGAAUAUGCAGAUGAAUUUGAUGAAUUACAUAGAAAAUUUUUCUGCUGUGGAGUUAAUUCGUAUGCUGAUUUUAAAAAAGCUAAAGUAUUAAUACCAUUCUCGUGUAGAGUUGGUCAGUAUGUUUAUGCAAGAGGGUGUUUUGAUGAAUUAAGUGAAUACGUACAAUAUUACAUAACAUUAUUAUCAUCAAUUUGUUUUACUACAUCAUUUAUUUAUGCUGUAUUCAUAGGUGUAGCAAUUAGAAAUCUUCGUAAAUCAAUUAAAGGAAUAAAUUCAUCUUCAUAAUAAAAAAAUCAAAUAUAAAUUAAACUUAAUGUCAUUUUUUUUAAUUUAUAAAAAACAAAAAAAAGUAACACUCAAUUGUUGCCAUGACAAUUAGAUCACAAAAAAAUUUAUUUUUAGAAUCGUUUACAGAUUUUUCUUUUUCUUUUUUUCUUUUUUCUUUUUCGAGGGAUACCAAAGUAAAUUUUAAAGCAAAUCAUGUUAAUAAUCAAGUUAAUUUUUUUAUUCACAUGUAUAAGUAACCUGUGACUUUGAAAUUGAUAGUUAAGUUUAGUUUUCAAUACAAAAUCUUAUAUUAACAAUAACAAGGUAGAUAGGUUGAAUACAAGAAGAUAAGAAGUUAAAGAAAUGAUCGAACAAAUCAACAACAAUAUAGUCAAUAAGAAAAUGUCCUAUUUCACUGACUAGUAAAUUAAGUUUAUAAGCAUCUAGGUGACUGGAUUCAACAGAUAUAUCCCGGAGUUCUAGUGAGAAGCAGUGACCAGUGGAGUUCAAUCGGGUCUGUUGUGAGAUAAUAACUAACUAAAGAAAAUGGUGGAUGUGUCGCUCAAUUUCGUGUGUAUUUUGCCUACAGCUUUUUUCCUCUCAUUUCUUUUUUUUCCGUACUAAAUUCCAUUUAUCACCACUCAGGACAGCCACACCGGGACUAUUUGGAACGGCGACAGUCUUAUCCAGGUCUUCAGUUUCGACUAGAGGUGUAUGAUUGCCGAUGUUAGUAUCUAGCGGCACUUCACUCCUCGUUAAUAUUAACGGAGAUUUCACUUUCCCGUCAAUCGCAGUCGGGUGUUUAGCGGGUCCGGUAGCAGCACUUACUACAUUGACACAUUCUUCACCGUCAGUGCUCGUGUUACCAGCGCUACCGCCAUCGUUUUUCUUGUAGGCCAAAGCCAAUAGCCUCAUAGCCUCCUGAAUUAGUAACUUUUUAUUUGUACAGCAGAACAUACAAAGCCAAUGUGAGUUAGGCUUCGAGCAUCUUUUGUAUGCC